AGCUACAAUCCUAGACAUACAGCAGGCUGUUCUGAAGACCAUGACUUCCAUCGGUAGCGGUCCUUACGUCCCUUCUGCUUGCAAGAGGAGGGUGGUUGUGCGCAGUGCAGGAUACGGAGCUGGAGGAGGAAUAGGAUCUAGGUCUGCCUACUCCAGCCAUGCUGCCCCACUAACUUCCUAUGCAUCUUCACGCAGAAGUUAUCCGACACUGAACCAAGCCUUUUCCAGCUACUCCUCUGUGCUCUCUGCUCCAGCGUCUGCAGCUUUCACUGAGCUUCGCCUUGACCAAGCGGCCCAGGUUAGCUCUGAUUUCAAAGUACUUAGGACCCAGGAGAAGGCUGAGCUGCAGGACCUGAAUGACCGUUUUGUGAGCUUCAUUGAGAGGGUCCAUGAACUGGAACAGCAGAACAAGUUGCUGGACGCUGAACUUCUGCUACUCAGGCAGAGGCACACAAAGCCAUCCAACCUCCAGGCCCUCUAUGAGAAUGAGAUCCGCCAGCUCCGUGCUGCUGUAGAAGAGGCCCACUAUGAGAAGCAAUCAGCCCAGGACCACAGGGAUGAGAUGGAGGGCGUGUUUAGUAACCUGCAAAAACGCUACGAGGACGAAGUCCUCGGAAGAGAGGAAUCAGAGGGCCGGCUACUGGAUGCCAGAAAAGGAGCAGAUGAGUCUGCACUAUGCCGGGCUGAGCUGGAGAAGAGAGUUGGGACCCUGCUGGACGAGCUGGUCUUCAUAAAGAGCCUUUGCGAGAGUGAGAUUGCAGAGCUGCAGGCCCAAAUACAGUACAGCUCACAGGUCUCAGUGGAGAUGGAGGUUGCCAAACCUGACCUAUCUGCUGCUCUACGUGACAUUCGUGUUCAGUAUGAGAAGCUGGCACAUCACAACCUUCAGUCAGCUGAAGAAUGGUUCUGCAACAAGGUAGAUGUAAUGACUGCAGGCGCUUCUCGUAACCCAGAGAGUGCACGGAACUCCAAAGACGAGGUUGCAGAAUAUCGUCGGCUUCUCAAGACCAGGACACUGGAGAUUGAGUCAUGUCGCGAGGUGAAUCAAGCUCUUGAAAACCAACUGCAGGACGUGGAGGAGAAACAGAGUGCAGAGAUCUCUGCAUUGCAGGAUGCAUUAAGCCAAUUGGAGGAAGAGUUGAGAGCAAACAAGGACAACAUGGCUCGCUACUUGAAAGAUUAUCAGGACCUCCUGAAUGUGAAGAUGGGCCUGGAUAUUGAGAUUGCAGCCUAUAGGAAGCUCCUUGAGGGAGAGGAGAACCGUUUAAAUGUGGCCGGACCAGGUUCCUUCAAUGCCAUGUACGCUCCUCCAUCCUAUGGAAGAACCCAGUUCUCCCUGCAGUCUCAACUGAGCUCUGCAGCUCCACACCUGAUGAGCUCCCACCGUUAUACUUCAUCACUCUCCACAAUACUCGCAAGCAAAGCACAGCGGGCUGAGGCCAGCGAUCCUCACGCGGAGGAGGAAGAGGAGGAGGAGGAGGUAGAGCAGGAGGAGGAGGGGGAGGAGAUGGAGAAAGAGGAGGAAGCAGAGGAGGAUCAGGGUGAAGAGGGAGAGAAAGAGAAAGAGGAGCAGGCAGAGGUAGAUGAGAACGAAAAACAAGAAGAUGGAGAAGAAGAAGCAGAUGGAGAAGGUGAGACAGCGGAUGGAGAGGACGCUGAAGUUCCAAGAGUAGAAGAAAUCCCGCCUCAAGAGGAGGAGGAUGCUGGGCAGGAAGAGGAAGAGGCUGAUGAAGAGCAGGGAAAGAAGGAGGAGGAAACCAAAAAACAAGAACAUGUGGAAGCCAAACUGAAAAAUGAAAAAUCAACAGCUGACAAAGUUGGAAUUUGAAUGCCUUAAAAAUACCCUCUAACAUUGUAGCUGGAGGAAGUCCCUCCUGCUCUAUGUGUACAAAGAUAUCCCUCUAAUUAAACCCAGAGAAAAUCUCUUCAACAUGUUGGCAAACACAUUCUCUGUAUGAUCAACUUGAGUGACCCAGAGCAUGAGCGCACACUGUACCAGCAAAGGAAUGUAACUUCAUAGAUGCCAAUCAGAUAGUAUUUAAUAUAUGACUUGUGUCUGAUGUGGAAAUUCUGCUUUAAGGAUUAUUAUUUGUACCUGUGUGCUUUACAGUCACCAAUAUAUGCCUGCAGACCUUCUCAAUGUGCAAAACACAAUUUGAAAUGCCUUACUCAAAGUCCAACCUAGUGCUUUAAACCCACUGCAUUGACGUCUAAUAAAGCCUUGAGCCAUGUCAACCCAGAA